AUGGCGUAAUUGGGAGGAGAAGAGAGUGUGCGGGCGGAGAGGAGACGGGGGAAGAGAAAGCGGCUCUGCCGCCAUUUUGUUCUUGAGGGAGCGCCUUCUCUUCGCUGAAGGGUUAACGGCGUCGUUGCUAGGGUUUCGGAAAGUUCGGGGGCUGGAGAGACGUCGCCGACAAGCGUCAUAAGCACGUCAGAAUGCAAAACCCCGCGUUUCUGAGGUGGAGAGCGGAGUCCUCAACUUUACCCCUAAGGCAGGGCUGCAGGUGCUGUUGGGACGCCCAGUGUCUCCCACUUCCCAUUGGCCUCAGCCCAAGGAUGGUUUGGAGUUAGGAAGACAUAUGCUUUGCAUGCGCCAGGUUCGGGGCUCAGUGGCACCCGAGUAGGGCUGGAGAAAAGCUGCGACCUGAAACUACAGAGAGUUGCUGCCAGCCCGUGUUGGCAAUACAGAACUACGUUAAUUGGAGGAAUGACUUGGAAUAGAAGGAGGUUCCUACUUGGCCGCAAGUUCCCCAAUCCUGGCCUAAGUGGCCCUUGCCUGGGUUCCUUAUUCUGACAGGAACGGGCCGUCGGUGGAGGCCGGUCAAAAAUGUCCAAAGAAAGGAAGGGCCUUCGCCCUUCCUCAUCUUCCUCUGCCCAUUUGUUAAACGUUUUAAAUCUUUUCCGUGACUUCGAAAAUCCAUGUUUGUGGACAUUUUAAGUACCUGAAGAGCAGGGAGAGCGUUGCCAAGUGCAGAACGAUUCUCACUGUUACGCUGUGAAAUGUUAAGUCGCAAAGUGCAGUAAUAAAUAAGGGAGAUCAUAACUGAAAUCCUAGGCAAUAAAGAUUAUCUCCAUGUGCAGUGGCACUUGCUUUAAAAUAAGGAUGGUUAAGACUGGACACCUUAGGAGAGUGGUGUCUUAAGCCCAUGAUUGUCUUCUGUGGAGUUUAAAAACUCAUUCCUACACGUACCUGAGACUUCGAAUCUGAACAGUGCAGGCCCUGCCAUUAGGAAGAGUGAGGCAGCUGCCUCAGGUGGCAUAGUGAGGGCCAGAGAUAAAGAAUUGUGUGAACUGUGACACCUAAGCUAGCCUGCUGCCCUUACGUGUGGUGGUGGUGGUCUGACACCAGUGUUGAUGUAGAGUCGGCUGCCAGUCUGGGUGGCUUUUGUACAUGAAACAGGAGGAAUCAUUGAAUGCCUCAGGCACCUCAAUGUCAUAUCCUGGCUCUGAAUUGUGUGACUCACGUUUUAGAACUAUCCACAGCAACAGAACAUUUUGAAAGGCAACAGACAUUUUUAAGGGUCUGGUUUUCAACUUGAUAACGGUGUGCUUCCAAACUCAAGAUUUAAAGGAAGAUUUAUCAGUCGGGCUUGAAAAGCUUGCCUAUGUACCUUAAAGUCUCUUGAUUGGAUUAAAACCCUAUCAUUGUGUGAUUAUCUCCAUGAGUGGAAAUUAACUCUCUCUAUAAAGACAAGCUUGCUCAUUUAAUUACAAACAAUAGCACUGAAUUAAGUUGAACAUGUGGUGUAGUUAGGCUAUUCCUCAGAUGCAGGGCUGUGCAUAGACUGUUGUGCAAAGUCCUCCUCACAUGCCAUGUAGUCAAACAUUGAGUUUCUAUUGAAACACAAAUGCUUGCAGAUAAACUACUGAAAAAGACAUGCUGAAAGCACUGGGUAUAAAAGAGUGGCGAUAAUGAUUAUGGAAGUGGUGCUGUCUGAAGAGAACCAUAGGGAUAUAGGGGCUCCACAGAAAACUGAGCCCAAUGCUUUGUUCUACUAUGCACUUUAAAUAAUUGUAUCCCACACUCUACAUUAAUGCCCACUGUUGAGGAUAUCCAGAUUACAGGACACCUGCAGACAAGAGCCAAAUAUACUUUGAAAGGAACAUCUGCAGGCAAGGAAGAUAAUUUGUAGAAAAUUCUUUCCUAGGAUAGAAUUUCUCAAAUGAACUGGUAUAAAAUGGUAUGGACAGCCUGCUCAUGACAUCUACACAGUGAGGAAAUUUGAAGUGAUGUGACCUAUACAUAAAAAUCAGGUUCAAAAUUAACAACAGUGAAUAAAUGAUGUAAAGUUACCAGACAUGAACAUGCAACUUCAUUGAAAAAUAAGCAGAACUUUGAGAAGAAGAUUAUAACGUUGGGAUGGCUACAGCAAUUCUGCCAGUUUCCAGACCUGGUAAGGAAAUUGUAAGAUCUUCUCUUCCAGAGAGGAGUCAGCCAGAACAGAAUAGUUUCUCAGAACCAUAUGGGAGGGAGCCUUUCCCCAACAUAUACUUUGUUCUGGCCAAAUCCCUGGAGAGAUGUGACGACCCUCAGGUUGGACCCAGAAGGCUCACCUGCCUUUUUCCACAAGGAGCCACACCGAAAGAUCCUAGGUGCCUGGGGAUUCCAUUUUUCAGAAGCAGGCGUAAAGUGGAGCAAGGACAGCAGCAUGUCCGACAGCAAGGAGUGGGCCACGCUCAGCCCAGAGGAGUUCACCCAGCUGCAGAAGUACAUCGACUACAGCAGCAAGAAGGUGCAGGACGUGCUGCAGGAAUUUUAUGGAGACGGUAAAUUGUCUGAGCACCUUCAAGGAGAUACGAUAGACUUCGAGGGCUUCAAGCUCUUCCUGAAAACCUACUUGGAAGCAGAGGAGAUCUCAGAUGAACUUUGCAGCCAUCUCUUCAUGUCUUUCCAGACUACGGCAGGACAGGCCACAGGAGAGCCAGGAGUGCAACCAACCAGUGGCUUUGUUUGCGUCAAUGAUGUCUCUUGUUACUUCUCUCUGCUGGAAGGUGGAAGGCCAGAAGACAAGCUGGAAUUCACCUUCAAGCUCUAUGACAAAGAUGGGAAUGGCCUGCUCGACAGUUCAGAGGUGGACCGCAUAAUCACACAGAUGAUGCGUGUGGCUGAAUAUCUGGACUGGGACGUCACUGAGCUUAAGCCAAUCCUGCAGGAGAUGAUGCGAGAGAUUGACUACGACGGCAGUGGCACAGUGUCUCUAUCCGAGUGGCUCCGCGGCGGCGCCACCACCGUCCCCCUCCUAGUGCUACUUGGACUGGAGGCUACCAUGAAGGAUGAUGGGCAGCACCUCUGGCGCCUGAAGCACUUCAACCGGCCCGUUUACUGCAACGUGUGUGAGACGCUUCUGCUGGGGCUGCGCAAGCAGGGGCUGCGCUGCACUUUUUGCAAGUACACAGUGCACGAGCGCUGUGCCCGCAAAGCCCCACUGAGUUGUAUCAGCACCUAUGCCAAGAGCCGUCGUGACACCAGUGCACAAGCCCACAUCUGGGUAAGAGGCGGCUGUGACGGCAGCAAGUGCGACCGGUGUCAGAAGAAGAUCAAGAGUUUUCAGAGCCUGACAGGAAUGCACUGUGCCUGGUGCCAUCAGAAGAUCCAUGACGAGUGCAUGUCUCUCAUGCCUUCAGCUUGUGAUUGCGGGGUCCUCAGAGAUCAUAUCCUUCCACCUUCAGCAAUCUACCCUGUUGUGCUGGAGCGACAGAACAGUCAGAAGAACGGAGUCUGUGGGACCCCUUCAGAAGAGCCAGCUCAGCCCUUCACCACCCCUGAGGGACAGGCACUGCGGAUCAUCCCGGUGCCUGACACUCACCCCUUGCUUGUCUUUGUCAAUCCCAAGAGUGGUGGGAAGCAGGGAGAGAGGGUGCUGCGGAAAUUUCAAUACCUCCUCAAUCCACGGCAGGUCUACAAUUUACUGAAGGGGGGCCCCGGACCUGGGCUGAACUUCUUCCGGGAUGUGCCAGAUUUCCGUAUCCUGGUUUGCGGCGGUGACGGCACAGUCGGAUGGAUCUUGGAUGCCAUCGACAAAGCCAACCUACCAAGUCGGCCUCCCGUGGCUGUGUUGCCCCUGGGAACUGGCAAUGAUCUGGCCCGCUGCCUUCGCUGGGGAGGAGGUUAUGACGGCGAGAACCUAGUGAAGAUCCUUAAAGACAUUGAGGCAAGCAGCAUCCUGCAGAUGGAUCGCUGGUCAGUCCAGGUGACGCCCGACAACCCUGAUGAGAAAGGGGACCCCGUCCCCUACGAGAUCAUCAACAACUAUUUCUCCAUUGGGGUAGAUGCCUCCAUUGCCCACCGAUUCCAUGUCAUGAGGGAGAAAUACCCGGAGAAAUUUAACAGCAGGAUGAAGAACAAGCUCUGGUAUUUUGAGUUUGCUACAUCGGAGACCAUCUUUGCCACAUGCAAAAAGCUCAAGGAGUGCCUGUCGGUCGAGUGCUGUGGGCAGCCUAUUGACCUCAGCGGAGCACUUUCUGGAGUAGCAGUCCUCAACAUUCCCAGCAUGCACGGUGGCUCCAACCUCUGGGGUGAGACCAAAAGACCUUUGGGGGAGGCGGCGGCACGAAGCACAGCAGGGGGUGCCGCACAGCCCCAGGUCAUCAGUGAUGCCGAAACUCUGAAGAACUGUGUACAAGACCUAAGUGACCGGCGGAUGGAGGUGGUGGGCCUGGAAGGCGUCUUAGAGAUGGGACAGAUUUACACAGGACUGAAGAGCGCGGGCAAACGCCUGGCCAAGUGCUCCGAGAUCACACUGCGAACCUUCAAGCAUCUCCCCAUGCAGAUUGAUGGAGAGCCCUGGAUGCAAGCCCCAUGCACGAUCAAAAUAACCCACAAGAACCAAGCCCCAAUGCUCAUCGCUCCACCUCCCCGAUCCUCCAGUUUUUUCGGCUUGAAGAAGGGACCGCAGGAGCCCUAAAAGAAAAAGCGCUUCUGGGUCUAUCAGAAGCCACGGUGAUGCAGCUGGAGGCCUGUUGUCGGGAUGCCCAAUGCUCUUGCACAAUGGGGGGAAGUCCUGCUCUCUAUCACCACCACCAAACACAAACAGUUGAACAAGGUUUCUUGCUGCCUGGUACGUGGCAAAGCAGGUGGGCAGCUGCAGCCACAGCGCCUUUGCUUCCGCCACACAGAUCGACGUUGCCAAUUCCUUGAACCAGGGUGGGAGAGCUGUUGCAAUACCCCUGCCAUCGGGUGUUGUCCCUUGUGGGCUGCCUGCCUGUGCCGGUGCGCCCUUACCCCAAAUUGUGUGGGUGCCAAAUCCUCCUUCACUGACCACUCAAAAGGCCCUGUAAAUUGUCUGCUCUUGCCCUUCCGGUUCUGUUCCUUGUAGGUUCUUACCCCUUGCACUCGAGGUUACUACUGAAAGACUGUGGCGGCACCGGCUCGCCUUUCCCGCUCCUCCCCUCUGUCCCCCUUUUAUUUAUUGCAACUCCAUUCCAAGUCCUCCACUUAGCGUUCUCAGAAGUGCCUCAGCGUAGUAAUAAAGAGUUGGGCUUGGAUGGUG